GACCCAAAGAGGACAAGUCUCUCCUGCGCUCACCUGUGACAGCUGCGCGACACCACGCCCAAACUCCUGAGCUGCUGUCAGUCACCGGGGAGGGCGCGCGGAACAUAAUCAUUGGAGCGUCACCACAGUUCGCCAGUGUGGGACCGGCCAUGUUCGUGUUUUUGUUGGGGGACGCGUCGCUGCCAUGCCUUGCCGGCUAAGUGCGUGUGACUGGCUCUACUGUUUUUGUUUCCGAUGAGGGGAGAGUAGCCGCGGAGCGGGAGACGCGCGGCUGAGAGAUUCGGCUUGUCCCAGGCGCAAACGGCGCACCGUGAAACAUGGCUCUCUCUUUCCACCUGAAGAAACGUGUUUUCUCCCUGGUGAUUUCGGUUAUGCAUCUCUGUGUGUCCAUGUCAACGGAUCAAUUAGAGAUUCACGAAGACGCACCGGAACUCACCUGUAGCAAGGGAUUGAGCGACUGCCGCGUGAGUCAAGUCUCUGAGUUCUCCGCUGCUCUGCGGGAGCCGUGUGGCACAGUUGACGUGGCAACGGUGCAACUUAAAGGCAGCCUGUGCUGUUCAAAAGAACACCGCUGCAAUGCUUGCCUGCAAGUCAUCAUCAGCCUCCGAGGUAAAAAGGACAAUGCAAAUUACGUUUCCGAGGAGUCCGGCGAUGGCGGCGAAGAAGAAGCUCUAGUGAAAGUUUGUUUCAGCUCACCGGGGUCCAGAGAGCUUUGCAAGGCACUCCAGUUCAAUACAAGUGGCUCCAGUUUAGGUCAACUUUCUGAACAGUCCACACAACAGAUGCAGCUGGUGUUGACAGAAAGAGUGAACUUUGGCGCUCCCAUCGUCGUCUCCGUACAUUCAGAGGAAACGUACACCACGCGGAAUAUCACACUUCCAUCUUUAGAAGAAAUUUGUUCCAAGGAGCUUGCGGGAACCAUACGGGAAUGUGAUGUUCCAAGAUUCCGAGCAACAAUUGAUCAUGAAAGAAAUGUGGUCCUGCAACUGGAGAACAAUGAAGCCAGACAAGACAAAAUUGUGAUACAGCUGUUUUGGGAUGAAAUGCCUUUAAAGGUUCUUGAGUGGCCUAAAGGCAAGACACAAGAGGUCAUUUCAUCGGACUUCAUUACACCUUGCCUGUGCUUCCAGGCUUGGUGGAAUGGAAGCUCACAUGUGCGAGGAAAAUACUGCCCUUUCAAAGCUCAGCAAGGUGCACUGGAAAGGAUGCAGCACAACGUGGCUGUAACUCUGGUGGAGUCUCAGCUGAGAGACGGUGGCGUAGGCCUCAGCUGGAACGUAACUGCCCCUUGCAAAGCGAAGGCAGAGGUGUGGUUGUGCAAGAAAGACUUGGCUGGAGGCCAGUGUGAAGAAGUGAAAGCUUCUAGACAACACCUUCGGGCAGACUGGAAACCAGCACGCAAUACACACUGGCAAGCGGGAGAGUUCAAUGUGACGUCACAUCCUCUGCUUUGUGUUCAGAUGAAGGUAGAUGGGAUGGCGCUGCCCUUUGAGCCCCACUGUCCGUUUACAAUGUCUAGACUGAGAUGGAGCCUACCUCUCCUCAUCGGAUUGAUGCUGAUAAUUCUGGCCAUGCUAGGAGCAUAUUUUAUACAAGGGAUCCUGAAAGGCUACAUGUGGAGAUGGUUUAAAGAAGAUGACGUUAAAGGUGCUGUGGGUGGUGGUCACGUGGUGCUGUUGUACCCGCCUAAUGACGAUCGGGAUCUGCCAGGGCUGCUGUGUCACCUGGGCUCGUCCCUCCAGGCCUUGGGCUUCAGUGUGUCUCUAGACCUGUGGAGCCACGUCGAGCUCGGCAUCCUCGGCCCCGUGCCGUGGCUCCACUCGCGGCUGGACCGAGUGCAAAGGCAGGGGGGCAAAGUGGUGCUAGUCCUAACCCAGGCCACCUGGACGAGGGCUGAAGAAUGGGGAGCUCAGAGCUGGCAGAAAAACAGGAACAGAGACACAGAGGAGGGGGAGGCGGAAAAAAACUGCCCCCCGUCUUCACCGUGCGUGGAUGUUUUCAGCGCUUCGCUGAGUUGUAUUCUAGCAGACUAUCUACAGGGACGCGCCGGUGAGCGGUUUAUGUUGGUGCAGUUUGAAUCACAUCCACCUGAGCCUCCGGGUGGUUUCCGGCCUCUGCCCCAGUUGUUUCGCGGGCUUCACGUCUACAGCCUUCCGUCCCAGAGCCUGGGUUUCCUGACUGAACUGGCUGGUGCUCGGCAAACGGCCACCGCAUCAGCCAGGCGGAAAAGGGCAGGGGGGCUCAGGAUGGCGUCCCGAGCUCUGGCCCAGAGGCUCUCGGGAUUCACGACAGGGACAAAUGUGUUGCGCCUCACAGGGGUGCCCCAGACUUGCGUUGGUGUAGGGGUGGACGACUCCACGGAAACGGUGCCCCUGCAGCCAUGCCUCAUUACGCCCCCAUCCAGCCCGGACACAAACCCCAAGGUCAGUGAAAUGGGGUGGGUCUGACAGAAGGAGAGGAUGAACCACACUUCACCUUUGGGAUAAGCAGCCAGUAUUGACUUUGAAGUACCUGAAGUAAUGCAUUUCUGUGUCUGUGUCAGAAAAUUAUCAAUAUCGGUUUGCAGUUUCUGCAUGUCUUGGUCUUAAGAGCUGGGAUCUUGGUGUUUUUUUUUUUUUUUUUUAAAUAAAAUGUGUUGUAACAGUUGAACAUCAUAAAAAGAAAAAUAUACUUCAUUGUGAAUAUACUUCACAAAAGCAGCUGGUUUACUGUUUGAUGAAGAUCUUUCUAAACCAACAUGGAUUUGUAGGCUACUGUCAUUACACUAACAUACAAAAAGCACACUUCUGCUUUACUUUGACCUUGUAGCUGUGUGUGUGUUUUAACACCUUUGCUGUCUGCAUGCAUGUGUAUCGCAUAUUAAAAGCACUGAUGGGUGUGAAUAAAGGCACUCUAUAUACGGUCCCCCCUGACUAUAUUUGAAUGUUUUCAACAUUGUGCUGGCAUGGUGGUUUUAUACUGUCUUUUGUGUUUUGUGAGAACGGGAUUGAAUAAAGAAUUCAUCACUUUG